AUGUCUACCUAUUAUCAGAGUUCCUCUUCUUCCUACGGGGGUGGCUUGGGCGCUGGGAGUGGUGGCGGCUCCUACCGCGUCUCUUCCGGACGCCUGGGAUCUUCCAGCGUCCAUGGGGGUGGUGGCGGUGGUGGCCGGAUGUCCACCUCUUCUGUUAAGUAUGUGUCCUCCGGAGGUGGCCACGGAGGUAUGAUGGGAGGCGGCUUUGGUAGUGGAUUAGUUUCUGGAGGAGGCCUCGGCUUCGGCAGUGGUUUUGGUGGAGGCUAUGGAGGUGGCUUGGGUGGAGGCUUGGGUGGAGGCUUUGGUGGAGGCUUUAGUGGAGGCUUUGGUGGAGGCUUGGGUGGAGGCUUUGGUGGAGGCUUGGGUGGAGGCUUUGGUGGAGGCUUUGACUUUGUGGCUGGUCCUGGCGAUGGAGGCCUUCUUCAAGGAAAUGAGAAGAGUACUAUGCAAAAUCUCAAUGACCGCCUGGCCAAUUACUUAGACAAAGUGCGAGCACUAGAGGAGGCCAAUGCUGAGUUGGAGGUCAAGAUCCGAGAGUACUACCAAAAGCAGGCUCCCACUCACCCAUCCAGGGACUACAGCCAGUACCACAAGAUGAUCAACGACCUCCGUGACAAGAUUCAUAACACCACUGUUGACAAUUCUAGGCUUAUCUUGGAGAUUGACAAUGCUAGAUUGGCUGCUGAUGACUUCAGACUGAAAUAUGAGAAUGAGCUGUAUCUCCGCCAGAGUGUUGAGGGUGAUAUUAAUGGCCUGCGUAGAGUCCUGGAUGAGCUCACCCUGGCCAAAUCUGACACAGAGAUGAAGAUUGAAGGCCUGAAGGAAGAUCUGGCCUACCUCAACAAGAACCAUGAGGAGUUAAUGCAAGAAUACAGCACUCAACUGACUGGAAAGGUCAGCGUUGAGAUGGAUGCCGCACCUGGAGUUGACCUGACCAAAGUCUUGGCUGACAUGAGAGAACAGUACGAACACCUAGCUGAGAAGAAUCGUAGAGAUGCUGAGGCCUGGUUCUUUAGCAAGACUGAAGAACUGAAUCGUGAAGUUGCCACCAACACCGAACAGUUACAGACCAGCAAGAGUGAGAUUUCAGAACUGAGGCGCACAAUGCAAGGUCUUGAGAUCGAAUUGCAGUCACAGCUUAGCAUGAAAGCGGGUUUGGAAAAUAGUUUGGCAGAGACAGAAGGACGGUACUGCGCUCACCUGGCUCAAAUCCAGAACUUGAUCACGGGUGUGGAAGAACAGCUGGCAGAACUGAGGGGUGACAUGGAGCGCCAGAACCAGGAAUACAAAAUGCUCAUGGAUAUCAAGACACGGUUGGAGCAGGAGAUCAGCACCUACCGCCAACUGCUGGACGGACAGGACACCAGGCUGCCAGGAUGGUCUCCAAAGGAUGCAUCCCACAGCGGCGGAAGUACCACCAUCACCUACAGUGGUGGCAGCAGUGGCGGCAGCGGUGGCGCUAGCUUCAGUGGUGGUGGCGGCAGCGGCAGUGUAACAACCAGCACCACCUCUACCAGCAAAGUGCGUGCCAGCAACUACUGAGAACCAGCACAUGAGAAGACUCCACCUGUGCCUGCUGCCUGGCGGAGAAACAUGGUGCAUCCCCAGCAUGCCUGCAACUCCUAUAAGAAAGAGUCCUCUGCUUCUACAGGUGUCCCUUGGCUUGGCCACAUCCUUAAAAGGCAUCCACGUACAAGCUUCUUCUCACUUAUCAUAGCAGAUGCACCUUCCUGUAACUCUGUCCUCAAUUAAAAA